GGUGGCUUCGAGGGCGGAAUCGGCGGAGGCAUCGGUGGAGGCAUCGGUGGAUACGAAGGCAAGGACUUUUACGCCUAUCCGAAGUACAAGUUCGAGUAUGGAGUGAAGGACUAUCACACCGGUGACCACAAGAGCCAGUGGGAAGUCCGGGACGGAGAUGUCGUCAAGGGAGAGUACACUCUGGACGAGCCCGAUGGUUCGACGCGCAUCGUCAAGUAUCACGCCGACAGCAAGAACGGAUUUGAGGCCAUCGUCAAGAACAUCGGCAAGGGAGGCGGUAUCGAGCAGGAGGGAGGAUCGAUCGGCGGUGGCAGCGGGGGCGGUCAGGGUGGAUUCGGAGGUGGCUAUGGACAUGGUUAUAGCUACAGCAAGCUGAAGAAGUUCAAUUAG